CUGCCCGUACGGAGGGGACGGGGGGACAGCCCCGGGGGGCACCGGCCGCCAUCUGAGGGACCCCGGGAGGGGGAUGCCGGGGGGAACGGGACCAUCCCAGGCUCAUGGCAUGCUGGGGAGGCGCUGGGUGGAUCAUGGUUAACUGGGGACAUGCGAGGGGACGAGCCCAGGGGUUGCUGGGGGGGAGAUGCUGGAGGGACCGUGACCAGCUGGGAGGAUGCUGAGGGGACGGAACCAUCCCAGGCUCGUGGGGAGCAUCCCGGCAUGUCCAGCACUGAGCUCCAUCUCUGCCUGCAGGGCCCCUGGGACUCCCUGCCUGGCUCCUCCUGCUUCUACCCUUCUGGGCCCUGGCUGCUCUCUGUGCAGGUGCCAUGGCCCUGCAGCUCCCCACCAUCACCAUCCUGCGGAUGCCAGCAGAGGCCCCCCGUCCAGGCGAGAGCGUGACGGUGUCAUGCGAGGCGACAAGUGGGCUCCCAGAGCUGACGCUGCUCUACUGGCUGGGGAACGGCUCCUUUGUGGAGAGCCUGUACCCAGACGGGGCUGUGCACGAGGGGACAGUGCAAGAGGAGCUGCGGGGCUCGGGGGCGGCCCUGCGCCGUGACCUGCACUUCAGCUCCUUCAACACCCAGCACCUGCUCACCAACUUCACCUGCGUGGUGCUCAGUCCUCUCGGUGUCGACACCAGGGAGGUGCGAUGGCCCCAGCCAGCACCAGCCUGUGUCACUGUGGAGAGUGGGGGGCUGGGCUGA